AUGAAGGUUCUAGCUGUACUAUUGGCGGUGUCUCUGGUAAGACUCUGCCGCUGUGGAGAUGAUGAUGGCGCUAAAGGAGCAUUAAAGGGGGCCUUCACAGAAACUCCCGAGGGUCUUUCUCCUGCUGAGACAACCACAGCCGUUACCCUUGAUAUUGCCAGUCCGAAUCAUACAAACUUGGAUGUGCAUACAAAGGACGGUGGUUGUUUUGAGUACAAGCUAUACCUUCCAAAGGACACCUUUCGUAUAUCUUCAGUGAGUGAUGGAGAAGAGGAACUUUGGAAGGCUGCCGGGGAUAAAAACUGUGAAGUCGUGAUAUCAUUUAGGAAGGAAGAUCACGCCCUCGUAACCGUAUUUUUAAGUGGUGGUAAUAACGACCAGUCUAAAUAUUUUGAGAAAAUUAGUGGAGCAUGGAAGGAGCUAAAGAAGGAGGAAUUGGAUAAGAAGAUAGAGGAGAUGAUAAAGUAUAUCACUUGUCAAACUCAUACAGAAGUUCCUCAGGAUGUUAGUGCUUCUAUUAUACUCGAUCUUGCCAGUAGACAGUAG